AUGUCCAGCUGCCUCUUGUGCCGCAGUAGAGCUACUUUCAUCCGACAACCGAUUCUCCUGCCAUCGGCCCCGACAUCACAUCAGCCAUGGCUGCGAUGGUCAUCGUCCGACCUGCGGCGCCGGCCGUCCCGAAUGAGACUGUCGCCAAAUGUUGCUAGGCCAGCCUUGAAACCGAGCGGCGACAAAAAACGCAGUCGCAACGACCGGGGCCCGUGGGCGAACACGAAUCAAACUGAGGCACGCUUGAAUGGUACUACAAAGUCAAGGUCGCAGUCUGCCUUGAAGCGGUCGUCGCAUCGAAAUGAAGCGAAGACUCCGAAAGAGGAGGACUCGCCUUUGUAUAAGGCGCUGAAGAUGCAGACUGCGCUGGCUCCGAUGACCUACCAUUUGCGCACUUCCAUUAAGGAGAAGAUAGCCAGCGUCAUGAGCUUUGAUCAGUUCGGUCUUCUGCCUGUCGUGCAAGAUGCAAUAGCCACCCAGGCUCUUCCUACGCUAGUUGACCUCACGCCUACCCCGAUCCAGAAAGUCGCCAUUCCCGCAUUACUAGAAGGAAGUGACCAGAAAAACAAGCCGAAGAAGAAGAGGAGCAAGGAUGAGGACAUGAAUUACAGCUAUGACCAGUAUCUACUGGCGGCAGAAACGGGUUCUGGGAAGACUUUGGCAUAUCUAGUGCCUAUUAUCGACAUGAUCAAACGGAGUGAGAUCGCCGAACAGGAAGUGAAGGAGAAGGAGGAGGAAGCCAAGGCACGAGAAGCGGCUCUCAAACCCACUCCUAAAGUCCCUCAAAUUGAGCCACCAGAGCUAUCUGAGAACCUCAUCUCAACCGCCGGACGUCCGAGAGCAAUUAUUCUAGUUCCGACAUCAGAACUAGUACGCCAAGUUGGCACCAAAGUCAAGGAUUUUGCCCAUGCAGUGAAAUUCCGUUCUGGCCGGAUCACCUCAGAUGACUCAGCUCGCAAGAUUAGAAACACGAUAUUCAAUCCUAUUGGUAUCGAUAUCCUCGUUUCGACUCCGCAUCUACUGGCCUCGAUCGCCAAGACUGACCCUUAUGUCUUGAGCCGUGUCGAGUAUAUCGUUGCAGAUGAAGCAGACUCAAUGCUCGACAAAUCUUUUGCGCCCAUCACCAAUGAGAUCAUUGACAAAUCCGCACCUUCUCUCAAAAAACUUAUUCUUUGCUCCGCUACCAUCCCUCGCAGCCUUGAUACUAUCCUUCGCAGCAAGUAUCCUGACAUUCGCCGUCUAGCUACGCCAAAUCUUCACGCGAUUCCACGCAGAGUGCAACUCGGUGUGAUUGAUAUCGACAAGGAUCCGUAUCGUGGGAAUCGCAGCUACGCUUUGUCUGAUAUUAUCUGGUCUCUCGGCAAAGCUGGCGGUGAUGAAACAAUGGGACAUUUAACCAGAUACAUGGAACCGGAAGUCAAGAAAAUCCUCGUAUUCGUGAACGAACGUGAGGAGGCUGAAGAGGUGGCUAAAUAUCUUCAAGAGAAAAACAUCGACGCCGUUGCAUUUUCUCGCGAUUCAGAGAAACGUCAGGCCGAAAUUCUGUCCGAGUUUACGCAGCCGAGACGCGCCCCAACUACAGAAGAGAUUCUCGAAAAACAACGAGAGAAUCGUAUGGAGAGAUCUUCAAUUCCUUUUGUCAUGGAGGAAAAAGAUUCCAGGCCAAACAUCUCGCGCAAGUUGCCAAAUACAAAGGUUAUGGUGACCACGGACCUCGGUUCUCGUGGAAUCGAUACGCUGCCCGUCAGAACCGUCAUUUUGUAUCAUGUGCCACACACAACAAUCGACUUUAUCCACCGACUAGGCCGUGUUGGACGAAUGAAUAAGCGUGGCCGUGGUAUUGUCCUUGUUGGCCGGAAAGACCGCAAAGAUGUGGUGAGAGAAGUGCGCGAUGCCAUGUACCUUGGCAAAGCCUUGAUUUAG